CGCGCGUCCACGGGUUCCGCGCUGCGGGGUUGUUGGCCGGAGAGAAAAGACUGCGAAGUGGCUUCGGCUGUUGCCUGGAAGCUUAUUUUGUUCUCUGAAGGCUUCUGGAGAGGCAGAUUUUGAGGGUGCGGGGAGAUGGAACAGUCUUCAUGGGUAAAAUCUGAAGAUGUGUAAGUUUUUAAACGUACUUACGAAAUGGAUUUGAAAUUCACUCAGCUUUGGUGAUCCUUUCCUCCCCCCAGUAUUCUUCUGGCUUUGUUAAAGUGGCCCCUUAAAUCUUCUCUUUUGGAAGUGCAUACACGUUACUUUGUCUAGAUCCUCAUUUAAGCAGCAUAUAAAACAUUUAAGAUGAAAAGGAAUUGAGUCAAAACGUUAUACAAUCAAAACUAAAAAAAUCUAUCUCCCAUAUAUGAUUGGCACUUCAGGAAACAGACAUUUUUCCUCUACAUUUGUGAAUAUAUCUGUCCCUUAAAAAAAAAAAAUAGAGCUUUGAAAUUGUGAGAAGUUAGUUGGCUUUGUGUUUAGUUAUUGAAACUACCUGAUUUAUGAAGAUUGCUUUUUAAAUGGAAUGAUUGUUUUGGUAACAGAUAAAUAUAUUUAUUUUUUCCCCCCUAAGUGGUACAGAAAAUAGCUGCUAUUGAUAUUUGAUGAAAAUAGGUCAAGCAAAUCAUUAAAAAAAUAAAAAUUUGAUGUUGAUGGUAUUUUUAAAAAUGGAGUUUUAAACUUAUUAAUGCUAGUAUUAAAUGUUUUCUGUUGCUAAAUCUGCUCAUGUUUUACUACAGCAUUUGAAAUUGGCUAAAGUCUAAAUUGUAGCUAAAGUAAACAUAAAUGAAAAUUAAAAACUAAAUUUUAUCUUUUUAUGUUUUUUUGUUAUAUUUGAUGCCUUGGAUGUUAAUCAGUUUAAUUGGAUUGUGUUGAUCAAAAAAGAACUUCUAAAUGAACUAUUUUCUCCUUAUGUUAACUAGGGGAAUACAGUAUUUUCCAAUGGAUUAAUCAGUUAUAACUUUUUUUCUAUGUACUCCCAAUUAAUUUCUUGUUAAAUUUCGUUUAGUCUGAAUCCUUUUUUAUAUAUUGAUUUAGAAUUGUUCUUCCUUUUCUUACAGGUGACAUGUCUUUCAGAGGUCAAUCUUUUUGCCCAAGGUUACACAGCUAGUUCUAGGGGGAGCCUUUCAUAUUUAUAAAAAUAUCAUCAAAUUUUUUUUUGUUUGUGAAAUAGGAUAUAGCAUUGACAUUUUUGAGAGAAUUCAAACCCUUAAUGUCCCUUUCAUUAGAAAGAUUAAGAUUGCAAGCAGAAUGACAAACUAUAUGAAGAAUUUUUUUACUUGUUAAAUGAAGUUGUGGCCUAUUGUUGAGAAGUGGAAUUGAAAUUAGUUUUAAUGGAAGAUUUUUGCUGUAAAACAUAAUUUGUACAUUAGCAAAUGAUAGUAAGCCAGUAUUGUAGUAGAGCUAAAAAGGUAAACAUUAGGCCAUUCAUUUCCAUGUAAGAGGGGAGAAUGAGAGAGAAAUUUCAGAUUUACUUGCUAGCCAACACCAGCUUUCUCUUUGCUUUUGCUUCCUUAACCCUCUGUUAAUAAUAAUAACAAUAAUCUUUGUUAAUUAUAUCGGGUUAUCCAAGAUUGAAAGGCUAAAUUUCGUUCACAUAAUUACUUCAUUUUUUAAACAAUUAAAAUUUGGAGGAUGGGAUAUUUUUGGAAGUUGGGGGGAAAAAACUUUUCCAUUAGAGAAGUCGGGGGAAAGCUUUACAGAUUACGUUCAUUUAUUUGCAAAAUCAGAUAAUUUUACACCUAUCCAUUAAUUAGUAACAGUUUAGAAUAAAAGAAGUAAUUAUUUCUCUUAUGAAUACAUUUAAUUUUUUUUGACAGAAAUACCCUGAAUUUUUUAGAGCUUUGAUGGAAACGACAACAUUAUCAUCUUUAAGUUAACUGGUGAUACACAGUCAAUAAUGCUAGUUCACAGAGAAGUUAAUCCAAGUAGGGUCUCCCUUUGCAACACAAAGAAUGAACCAGUGGUGAGGAAAAAAGUACUCUAACUUGACUAACUGCCUGUGAAGAGGAUGUUAUAUUCUUAUAAUAGACAUCAGUGGAAUCUAUGAUAGGAAUGAUGGCUGGCUGUGGUGAAAUUGAUCACACAAUAAACAUGCUUCCCACGAACAGAAAGGCAAAUGAGUCCUGUUCUAAUGCUGGACCUUCUCUUACUGUCCCUGAAUGUGCCAUCUGUCUGCAAACAUGUGUUCACCCAGUCAGUCUUCCUUGUAAGCAUGUUUUCUGCUAUUUGUGUGUAAAAGGAGCUUCAUGGCUUGGAAAACGAUGUGCACUUUGUCGUCAGGAGAUUCCUGAGGACUUUCUUGACAAGCCAACCUUGUUAUCACCAGAGGAACUAAAAGCAGCAAGUAGAGGUAAUGGAGAAUAUGCCUGGUAUUAUGAAGGAAGAAAUGGGUGGUGGCAGUAUGAUGAACGCACCAGCAGGGAAUUGGAAGAUGCUUUCUCCAAAGGUAAAAAGAGCACUGAAAUGUUAAUUGCUGGUUUUCUGUAUGUUGCUGAUCUUGAAAACAUGGUUCAAUACAGGAGAAACGAACAUGGACGACGUAGGAAAAUUAAACGGGAUAUAAUAGAUAUACCAAAGAAGGGAGUGGCUGGACUUAGGCUGGAUUGUGACUCUACUGCGGUUAACUUAGCAAGAGAGAGCUCUGCAGAUGGAGCGGACAAUAUAUCAGCCCAAGCUGGGGCUUCUGUGCUGCCUCUAGUGUCUACUUCUGUUAGACCCUUAAGUUCACUAGAUGGUCAGUUAACAAGCCCUGCAACACCUUCACCUGAUGCAAACACUUCUCUAGAGGACUCUUUUACUCACUUGCAAAUCAGUGGAGACAGCGUGGCUGAAAGGAGUCACAGGGGAGAGGGAGAGGAAGACCAUGAAUUACUCUCUUCAGGCAGGGUACCAGCACCAGAUACCUCUGUUGAGGAAACAGAAUCAGAUGCUAGUAGUGAUAGUGAGGAUGUAUCUACUCACCUUGCACAGCACUUAUCUUCAACUCAGCAGAGACAUUUGGUUCCAAAUGUAAAUCAGAUAGCAACUGAUAGACCUACAGCAGGGGGUGGAGCAGUGAGUGCCAGUGUCAGGUCUAGAAGACCUGAUGGACAGUGCACAGUAACUGAAGUUUAAAGAUGUCGUCAGCCACAUGUUCAAGAAUACAAAUACAUCUGUAAUGGUAUCUGUAAAUUUCUGCCUAUGAGACAUUACACUCAUCCCCUAGUAGUGUAUUUUGGGAUUAGAGGGUGGGAAAAGGGAAUGGGAAGAAUUGGCCUUUAACUAAAACGUCUAAUGUGUCUGGAAAAUUUAUUUAAAAGUCAGGAACUUGGGUGUUGAUAGUUGAAAGAUACUUAGCAAUACCCAAUUUUUCUCCUAAAAGUCUUUAUUUUAUAGUGGUUUUUUUGGUUUGUUUGUUUGUUUUUGAGAUCCUCAAUCGAUUCUUUUGGCCACUGUGUAUUUCUCUGUGCAUUAACUGUCUUCAUUAUCUGACUGUUGCAUUGUGUCUUAUUUCUCUGCAUGGAUCGAUGUAUGGAAAGAACACUAAAUUUGGGAGCAAUAUGAGAUAUUGGUUAUUGAUAAGAGCAGGAUGUUUAAUGUGAAAAUAGAUUAUGUUUGGAAAUUAUGAGGGAUAUUUUAAAUAGACAAACAGCAACCAUUUUAUCUUCAAGUUCUCAAAAUGCAAAUGUAAACAGCUAAUAACUUCUGUUCCAAAAUCCUGACUGUAACACACAUUGUAGUGUUCCCAUAAGCUUUGCUGUCUAGUCCUUGUAGUUUGAGGUUUCUCCUAAUCUGUCUCAUCUUUUUUCUUUCCUUUUUUUUUUUGUUAGAAAAUUUAUAAUUUAAUAAAUACUACAGUUUGUCAAAAUAA